CGAGCCUCCACAACUCCAACCAACCCAACAAAGAGAAGAAAAGCAGAGUCCAUCUCCUUCAAUCGCCAUGGCGAGGGCCUUAAUUGCCGGGGCUAGAACAGUAUUCUUUUCACUGUUCUUGUUGCUAUGCUUAACGUGUAACAACAAUCUUGUCCCCGUCGCGGAGGCUAUAUGGUUGACGAUUCCCGGCUCCGGUACCAGGUGCGUUUCGGAGGAAAUCCAGACUAACGUCGUUGUUUUGACGGAUUACUACGUCAUCGAUGAAAACAACCCUGAACACAUCCCCACCAUCUCAGCCCGGGUAACAUCUCCCUUCGGCAACAAUCUUCACCACAAUGAAAAUGUGAGUCAUGGUCAAUUUGCAUUUACAACCAGUGAGACAGGCAACUAUCAAGCUUGUUUCUGGCUGGAUUCCAGUCAUCAACAUGGUGGUGCAAGUUUAACUCUUGGCCUUGACUGGAAAAUUGGAAUUGCUGCUCAGGAUUGGGAAUCGGUUGCUAAGAAAGAAAAGAUUGAGGGAGUCCAACUUGUUCUGAGGAGGCUUGAGGGAGUAGUGGAAGCUAUACAUGGAAAUUUAAUCCAUCUUAAGAACAGGGAAGCAGAGAUGAGGGAAGUCAGUGAAAGAACAAAUGCAAGGGUGGCAUGGUUCAGUAUCAUGUCUCUUGGUGUCUGCAUUGUAGUUUCAGUUCUGCAGCUAUGGCACCUGCAGCGCUUCUUUCAAAAGAAAAAGCUCAUCUAGAUUUUACUCUCUUCCUUUUGUUUUCUGAUACUGAUUUUGAGAACUGCAGAUUCUUGUUCAACGCCCGGCAGAAAGAUCAUUUCUGAGGGUUUGUUCUUGUUAACAACAUUAUCAGGCUUAAUGAUGUUUUCUCUUGUAGAAAUUGGUAAAAAAGUCAUUAUCCAUGUAUGAUGCUGAAGUUGAACCACAUGAAAUUUGAACUGUCUUGUAUCAUGCAGUUUCACAAAUGGAAGUAUUACAAGCAAUAGAAGUUAGCCUUAUUGUUCGAAUUGUGUAAUUAAGGAUAAAAAUUCAUAUUCCAUCUAAUAUCAUAUCUUUCAGCUAGAAAGCUAGUGCUGUUCCUAGCUCUGGUUGAAAUUAUAAACUUCUGACAGCAAUCAUAUGUUUUCUAUUUUAUUUGCUCGAUUUUAUCAUUCUCUCCCCACCUUGCCAUAGCUGGUUUAAUGCUUAUCGCCAUCAAAUCACAAAGCUGCUUUAUCCAAAAGUAAUUAGGAUAUGCAAUAUGCUGGCCAGUGAUGUCAACUCUUUCAUGUAGCUAGAUUUAGGCUGGACACCAUUUUAUCUUGCUCAUAACUUUGAUUUAGCCAAGUGGGCAUUCCCUUGCACUUGUCUCGCCAAUAUUAAUGAACUGUCCCUUUCUAGUUUCUAUACAUCGUUCUUGAAGGUGUUAUCUCACACAAGUGCCAAUUGUUCUUUCAGGAAACACUACCUAGAUUAUCUCCUUAACUUUGGUGUAGAACUCAUCCCAAAGAAGAUGGCAGCUGCUCUAAUAGAGUAAGAGGUAUCUG